AUGAAUAGUGAGAUCAAUCAUCUGGAGUCGGGGCUGGUCGUGGAGUUAUGGAACAAGGGUUUGAUUUGGGACACAAUGGUGGGGACUACCUGGAUCCCACUGGAUACCAUCCGCCAGUCAGAUGAGGAGGGUCCAGGUGAGUGGACAUAUCUCGACUCCGAGGUCCUUAUGAAAGCCGAUGAGAUCUACGGCACCAAGAGCCCUACGCCGCACAAAGUACUUUUAGACACCCGCUUUGAGCUCCCUUUUGACAUUCCCGACGACGAGGCCCAGUACUGGACCAAAAAGCUGGAGCGCAUCAAUACUAUGCGGGUACAUGAUGAGUAUCCACAGCAAGAUGAAGCCCAGCGCAGACAGCUUCCCUCAGUCCCUUCACAGUGCUGCGACUGGAGUUACUUUGGCUGGAGUGAUCAACAGCAGACAUUGGAGGACCACGACAGCGCAGUGGAUGACCGGGACAGUGACUAUCGCAGUGAAAUCAACAGCCGGCCCCCACGUUACUACACCACGUCUCAGCCCAACUCAUCAGUGCAUCAGUACCCGAUGGGACACCGGCUCUAUCAGUCCGGUACAGAUUCCACUCAAAACUAUGAGCCGGACUACAGGGAAUCAAGAGGGCCCAGACGGUCUAGUAGCAGAGGAGCUGUCCAGAUAGUUCCAGUUGAUUCUGGUAUGGGAGUGGAGGACUGGGAGAACCAGUACAAAAUUCCAGAUGUCUUAGAUGACUAUCUGGAGCCAGAACAGAAAAAAUGGGCUGAUGACGACGACGCAAAAAGUGAAAUUUACCGUAUUGUCAGCAGUCCAAGUGAUUCUAAAGGCAGUCGGUUCUAUCAGACGGUGGAGUGUGAUGCCGUUUCCCCAGAGGAGUAUGAUGAAACAGAGGAACCAAGUGACGAGUAUGUGGACACUAUGGAUGAGAUGCAAAAACUGGUCGACACUGUGUCAGAGUACCUAAUUGAAAAAGAGGAAGAGAUCAGCAAGUAUGAUCAAAUGCCUACCAAAAAGCCUACACCUCAAGAUGAGUCAAAAGCUGAAACGGUUGCACAAGAUAAAGAAGCAGACAAAGAAAGCACUGCAGAGAGUAAAGCAGUGGAGCAGGGAAUAUCAGUAACUGAACAGCCCCCUCCUGCAUCUCCAACAGGAAAACAGCCCCCUCCUGCUUCUCCAACAGGAAGUACGUCAUUUAUUCUUACCCGUCAAACCUCUCUGGCCAAUGAAUCUGCUCCUGCAAAUCUCACAAAAGCUACUCUUGAUAUGUCAUCAAAACCAGAACAGAGAGAAAUUGAAAUUAGAAAGCAGACUGAAGCACUACCUCUCAUGAGGAAGAAGUCAACAUCUAUCGAUACCAAUGAAGAAGUUGCUGGUGUCCCCUUAAUUGUUGAGACUACAGCACAGGCUGACACUUCAAUGGGUGCUUCGAGAUUCACUGGAUCUAAUUUCCAGAUCACCAUAGCUAGCCCAUCGUCGGAACCUGGAGUCUCCACAACUCCUUCUGGAUCUGUCAAAGGGCUGAUCUCCAUAUUUAGUGCUGCAGGUUACCAGACUGCUGAAACCACACAAGGAGCCUCAACUGGAACUUUCAGUAGGAGAAUACCUCCCAAAUUGUCAUUCUCUCAGACCAUUGAAUCUGGUUCACUGGAUGGUGGUAGUCCAUCUGUGGAGCAAAGUGAGGUGCCUUCAAUUAUUACUCCUUCAGAAACUCCAGAUCCCAAUGAAAGAAGAUUGGCAAGUGCUACUCAAACUCCUUCAUGUCCAGCUCCUGUCUACUCGCCUUCAAAUGAAAGUCUACAAUCCAGUUUACGUGGAGCAUAUCAAAGCCAAUCCCCUGUCACAUCAGCUGCCACAGAUAUGUUACCCGGGGCAGUGCUGUCUAUGUUGAAUACAUCAACUUCUUUGCCCACUGCAUCAGGGCCUCCACCAUUAUCUCCACGUAUUGACACAUCAGGAGGAUUUUCCAUGUUCAGUGAACCUGCCACAUUGACAUCUGUCCAGCCGGUCACACCUCAGAGUAUAACUGAAAUAUCUGCUCAACCUCCUGAAGCCCUGAGUGACAUCAGUUCUGUUCAGCCAAAAACUCCAGCAGAAUUGGUGCCUGAAAGCAUUGACAGUUCUGAACAAACAUCAAUAAAUGACACAGAACCUUUGGAUUUGAGUGACAAAGUGUUUUCUGGAAUUACACCACUAAUUGAACUGCCUACAUAUGAUGUCGUAAGGCCUGAACUCAGAAAAAUGGUCAUACCACAAAUUAUCCUCUCAGCAGCAAGUACGCCUGAGGAUGAGGUUGCAAGGGAAGUGGGUGCAUUGUCAGAUAGUGAAUCUUGCGCUGAAGAGGAGGUUAUCUUAAAAGAAAAUCUAGAUAAAGAUCAAUCAGUGUCUUCUGUAAGUAAACCAGUUGAUGAAGACAAAAUAGCCAUGUCCAGUGACAUUCAAUCAACAUCAAGCCAGGUCAUUACAGAUAAACUUCCAGAGGAGGUGGCAGAACCACCAAUGAUUUCUUCAGAUAAAGACACAAUAUCAAGCAAAUGUGAGGAGAAGCUUCCUGAGUCAGAGAGUACUGAGCCUAAACCCCAGUUAUAUCCAGCGGAAGAGGUUCCAACAGCCAUAAAGAAACUUGACUCUGCAGAGUUAUCAGAAGUUCUCAAAACACAGAAUGACACACCUGUUUGUACUGACAUGAGCCCCCAGUCUACUUCGCUCAAAGAUGAAAACUCUGAGGUAUCUGCAGUACCAGAGGAAAGUCCACAAGUUGCAGUACAGAUUCCUCCACCAAAGGAUGAUUUGACAGAAGAAUGUUUAGACUUUGAGGUUGUCCAGUCUAGUCCAUCUGAACCAUCAGAGCCUACCAUCACAAAAGAAUCAAUCCCAAGUACUUCAAGUGCUGUCUCUGAAGACCUGAGCUAUACUUCAGCUCCUCAUGUGACAACAGAAGAAACAUCUCCACCUACUGGUUCUGUACCUGUACCUUCUGCACAGAAAGAAGAACUUGUACACUCUGAGGCUGUUCAACCAAGUCCAGCAAUAUCAUCUGAGGCUGAUGUCACAAAGGAAUCAAUCCCAAGUUCACCAAGCACUCCAGAGGUGACCCAAAAAGAGGACAGUGCCGUCUCUGAAGACCUUGGCUCUGGUUCAGCUCCACAAGAAAUCCCAUCCGAAUUAAAAGAAAGCCCACCAACAACGGAAGAAGUGUCUCCACCAAGUGAUUCUGUGCCUGAACCAGAUACAUCUAAGGAGAAAGAUGAAGAAUCUAUACCUUCUCUACCCAAAGAAGAUGAUUCCACAACACAGGCUAGUCCAGCGGGAAGUUCUGCACCUGAGGAACCAGUUACUAAAGGUAUAUUCUCAAUGUUUGGGGGAGGGGCCUCCAGUUCACCCCCGAGUGGAUCAUCUAUACUUGGUGGUAUCAUUCCUGGUUCAUCUGCAAAAGAAACCCCAGGAACAGGUAUAUUCUCUAUGUUUGGUGGGCCAGCUCAAAGUGAGUCUCAAAGUAAACCCAGUGAACCACCAAGUAAAGGAUUAUUUUCUAUGUUUGGCGGGCCCUCAUCUCAGCCACCACCUGGCCCAAGAGGCCCUCCCUCUGGAAGUGCUCAACCCAGAGGACCCAGCCCAAGAGGUCCCCCACCUGGUGGUGCACCAUUUAGAGGGCCAGGACCAAGAGGCCCUGCACCUGGUGGUGCACAAUUUAGAGGGCCAGGGCCAAGAGGUCCUUUUCCUGGAGGUGCUCCACCUAGAGGAGGUCCACCUAGAGGCCCUCCACCCCAAGAACAAGGCAAAGGGUUAUUUUCUAUGUUUGGUGGUCCUAGUUCACAGCCACCUGUAGGUCCAAGAGGGCCCACUGCACCUCAGUCUGGAAAUUCAAUUCUUGGUGGCAUGAUGCCUGGUUCAUCAGCACCAAAAGAGUCAAGUGGUUCUGGCUUGUUCUCCAUGUUUGGAGGGCCAAGUCCCCAGCCCUCAACUCCAGCACCUGCUGAGCCACAAGGCAAAGGAUUUCUCUCAAUGUUUGGUGGCACUGCUCCUCAGCCACAGCAGGCUGGAUUGGAAGAGGCACCCAAGCCUCAGGAGUCAGAGAGUCUCUUUAAAGUUCCUUCAGUGUUCUCACUUGGAGGAAGUCCCGAUGAAAAUAAACCCAAGUCUGGUGGGUUUGGCCUUCUUAACCUGUCAUUUAUGGAGGACAAGAAACCAGAUGUGCCUAAGGAUGACAAGAAAGAUGAGGCUGAGCCAAACCAGGUGGAUGUUAAAGAUAACAGCCAAUCAGCCAUUAAUGAUACAGGUGCAGAAACUGUGCCUACAGAAAGUCAGCCUAGCUUGGACGAAAAGCUCAUUGCUGAGACUCAGCAAUCCUCUGCUGAUGUCCCAAGCGAUGAAAAAGUAGAAGUUACUCCACCUGAUAUUCAGUCCAUACUGGAGGAGAAGACAGAGCCAGAGUCUGUGACAACUGAUUUGAAAAAUGAGCUUCAAGGUCAAGAGCAAGCUUUUCAAGAAGGUACUGAAAAGCCAUCAGAGCAAAUGCAGAUGUCAACUGGAGAUGCAACCAGUGAAGAUCAAGCAAUACAAGAUAUAAAGUUACAAUCUGAAGCAUCCUUAGAAUCUGGGCAGUCUUCCCACUUGGAACAACCAUCUGAAACUGAUACAUCUAAUGACGGCCCAGAGAGACAGAUGGAAACAGAAACAGACAAGAUAUCAGAAUCUGACAAACAUGAACCAACGGAACUAGCAGAGUUAAAGCAAACACAGAAAUCUCUGGAAUCAGAAGAACCCCUAGAGUCUGAAAAACUUCCUGAAAUUGAGAAAUCUUUGGAGUCUGAUAAACCUCAUGACUCAGAGGAACUGGUAGUAUCAGAAAAAAUGGACUCUGAGAAAACAGUUGAAGAUGAAAAACAUACAGUAAGUGAGUCACAAAUAAAAACAGAUGUAUCAGAUGAAUCUGAUAAGCUUUCAGAAACAGUGAAGCCAGAAUCAUCACUGAUUGAGGAAUCAGUGGAGCCUGAAAAAACUGUGGAAUCAGAGGGCAAAGUGGAAAUCAAAAAGGAGCCUGUGAGUGAUGAAAAAGCUUUGACUGAAAAGGCAGUGACUAUAGAGGAAUCUGUCAUUAAUGAACAACCAGUAGCAACAGAGAAAACAAUGGAAGCAGCACCACUUUCCCCUCCAUCUCAACCACCCCCACAGCCUAUUCCAGGAAUGGGACCAAGAGGACCAAUGAUGGGUGAUCCAAGAAUGGGGGGCCCCAGGAUGGGUGAUCCAAGAAUGGCUGGGCCAAGAAUGGGUGAUCCAAGAAUGGGUGGGCCAAGAAUGGGUGAUCCAAGAAUGGGAGGACCAAGAAUGGGAGGACCAAGAAUGGGAGGACCAAGGAUGGGAGAUCCAAGGAUGGGGGGACCAAGAAUGGGAGGGCCUCAAAAAGCACCUGAACCAGCUCCAUUCUCUGGGUUCAUGUCAAUGUUCUCUGGACCGAGUACUCCAAGUAGACCAGCAGCACCAGCAGCACCAACCAGUGGCUUUUUUUCAGUACCACAAACUUCAUUCUUUAAAUCAGCCCCCACCCCAGCUGCAGGUGCUCCACCACCGCAAAAGAGCUCUUUCUUUAACUUGCCAACUAGUCUUCCAACAGACUCCCUGACUGGAGACCUUUUUGGUAUGUUCAAGGCACCUGACUCUCCCAAAGCAACAGCCACUAAGCCAGCCUCACCUGAACCAACAGACAAAACUGAUGAAGAAAAACCAGGACCCGAUGGUCAGGUUACCGAAGCACCUGAAGCAAGUUCAACCACAGAGGACUCAAAAGCAGAAGUUUUUGAUUCCAAUAAAAUUGCAUCAGAAGAGGGGGAAGCUGAAAGUGCCAAGGAUGCUGGUCCUGAGAUUCCCAAUAAAGAUGACAGUACCUUAUCUGAGAGGCCAGCCUCUGAAGAACAAGAGUCAGCUCAGAGACAAGACAGUGUUUCAGCAGAAGCAGACAUCACUCCCGGUGCAACCAGCACAGAGGGAGAAGGUGCACCACAGGACAGUACUAAAAUAGCUGAUGUUGAAAGUAAACCUCCUCCAGAGAUAGAGCCUUCCUCACCUAAAGGCAUGUUUGAUAUACCAGGGCUAUCUACCCCAAGUUUUGGAUUCAUGUCAGGAGUGACAGACACCGCCAAACCUUUCGGCUCACUGUUCUCCACCUCCCCUGCCCCUGCUGCCAAACCACAGGAACCACAGCCUGAAAGUGGAGGCCUUUUCUCUGGUUUCAAAGGUCUAUCAGCAGGCCUGUUCCAGGAGGAAAAGCCAACCGACAAAAAGGAGGAAUCUGCUCCAUCCAUGUUUGGGAUGAAAAUAGGCUUCCCCUUCUCAGCUGCCUCUGAGACCCCCAAGCCUCAGACACCACCCCCAGUUACCACUCAACCUAAAGCUAAGGAAGUUACCUUUGCUGAAGAUGGCAAACCACCAGGUGAGCCAGCGGCUCAUAGAAUGGCUAGUGUAGACUCAGAUAUAACUGGUAGUGCAGACGCCAGUGAUACUGAAGGGCCUACCGACUCCUCAGAUAUGAUACGGAGCUUAUGCACAAGUCAGGGAAGCUCUGAGACACUUGGUGGGCAACCUGCAUUGCCACAUGAUGAAGACAAAAGCCAGGAAACCCCUUCUGCUCCUUCUACAAAUCUGAAAAAUGAAGAACCACCAACCAGCCCACUGAAGCAAGACAAAAGUCCCGUGGAUAGUAAUCGGUUCGGGUCGUCUGGUAACCUCAGUCAGGCCAGCUCACCAUAUAGCUCAGACAUGGAGGAGCGAAGCGACUCGGAUGGCUCACAUCUCAAAAGCACUUCCACCAGCCGUCAGCCCUCCCUCAAGGCCCAGCCAUCUGUCUGUGAGAACAUUACUAAGGGAGGUGAAAGCGAGGAGAAGGAACUGAAGUCUGCUCCAGAGCCGAGUGUGAACAAAGACGUGAAAGAGCAGAUUGUUCCUGCCAAGCCCCUGGAGAUUCCAGACAGAAAGCCUGGAAAGCAAAUAAGUUUCUUAGAGGAAGGUCCACCUCUUUUCGCUCCAUCCAGACUGCGUUGGUUGAAGGCCAUCACUAAAGUGAGGGUUCAGCUGCGUGAGAGCCUAGAUGGAGACCCCAGCAAACAGGCGUGGGUCAAGCCUGGUGGAGGUGGUAUCGACACCAUGCCUGAUCUUCGCAAAAGGAAGCACAUUCCCCUCGUCAGUGAAGUGGCUAUGUCCCUGGUCCAGCAGUCCAGGAAGGCCGGCAUCUCUCGUGCUCUCGCCGCCCGCUCCUCCGUGAAGGACGAAGAACUGAAGACCCACGUGUACAAGAAAACGCUGCAGGCUCUGAUCUACCCCAUCUCCUGCACGACUCCGCACAACUUCGAGGUGUGGACGGCCACCACGCCCACCUACUGCUACGAGUGUGAAGGCCUGCUGUGGGGCAUCGCCCGUCAGGGCCUGCGCUGUGCCGAGUGCGGGGUCAAGUGCCACGAGAAGUGCCAGGAGCUGCUCAACGCCGACUGCCUGCAGCGGGCGGCUGAGAAGAGCUCCAAGACUGGCGCCGAGGACCGCACGCAGCACAUCAUCACUGCCAUGAAGGACCGCAUGAAGAUACGCGAGCGCAACAAACCUGAGAUCUUCGAGGCCAUCCGGGCCAUGUUUGGGGUCACCAAGAUGCUCCAUGCCCAGCAUAUGAAGACCAUCAAGCAGACAGUCCUGGACGGAACCUCCAAGUGGUCAUCCAAGAUCACCAUCACAGUGGUGAGCGCCCAGGGACUUCAGGCGAAGGACAGGACGGGUUCGAGCGACCCGUACGUCACCGUGCAGGUGGGCAAGACCAAGAAGAGGACCAAGACCAUCUACGGGAACCUGAACCCUGUGUGGGAGGAAAAGUUCCACUUCGAGUGUCACAACUCCUCCGACCGGAUUAAGGUACGCGUGUGGGAUGAGGAUGAUGACAUCAAGUCUCGUGUGAAGCAGCGGCUGAAGAGGGAGUCGGACGACUUCCUGGGUCAGAGUAUCAUCGAGGUCCGCACACUCAGUGGCGAGAUGGACGUGUGGUACAACCUCGAGAAGAGAACAGAUAAGUCUGCCGUGUCUGGAGCCAUUCGGCUGCAGAUCAGUGUGGAGAUCAAGGGGGAGGAGAUGGUGGCUUCUUACCAUAUGCAGUACACCUGCUUGCAUGAGAAUAUAUUCCAUUUCCUGACUGAGAUUGAGAACCAGGGUGUGCCGAAGAUCCCACUGGCCAAGGGAGAUGAUGCGUGGAAAGUUUACUUUGAUGAAAUCGAACAGGACAUUGUGGAUGAGUUUGCCAUUCGCUACGGAAUUGAGUCCAUCUACCAGGCCAUGACCCACUUCGCCUGUCUCUCCUCCAAGUACAUGUUGCCAGGGCUGCCAGCGGUCAUGAGCACGCUGCUGGCCAACAUCAACGCCUUCUUCGCCCACCCCACUUCCGCCUCCACCGUGUCAGCAUGCGACCGCUUCGCUGCAUCCAAUUUUGGGAAGGACCGCUUUGUAAAGCUUCUGGAUCAGCUGCACAACUCGCUGCGCAUUGACCUGUCCACGUACCGGAACAACUUCCCAGCCAGCAGCAAGCCCCGUCUGUCGGACCUCAAGUCCACUGUGGACCUGCUGACCAGCAUCACCUUCUUCCGAAUGAAGGUACAGUCUUGGAGCUGCAGAACCCCCCCUCGUGCGGCCCAUGUGGUGCGUGACUGUGUGAAAGCUUGCCUCAACUCCACCUAUGAGUACAUCUUCAACAACUGCCAAGAGCUGUACAACCGUCAGUUCCAGCCUGCCGAACCGAAGAAGGAGGAGGAAGAGGAGGAGAGCGCCCCACCGGAGGAGCCCGGCCCCAGCAUCCAGAACCUGGACUUCUGGCCCAAACUCAUCACGCUCAUCGUGUCCAUCAUCGAGGAGGACAAGACCGCAUACACGCCCGUCAUCAACCAGUUCCCUCAAGAGCUGAAUGUAGGCAAGGUCAGCGCAGAGGUCAUGUGGAUGCUGUUUGCCCAGGACAUGAAAUAUGCCUUAGAAGAGCAUGAGAAUCACAAACUCUGCAAAAGUGCGGACUACAUGAAUCUGCACUUCAAAGUCAAGUGGCUCUACAAUGAGUACGUCAAGGACCUGCCUGCCUUCAAAGACUCGGUCCCAGAGUACGCCGCGUGGUUUCUGCAGUUUGUGCUGCAGUGGCUGGCGGAGAACGAGGACGUGUCCAUGGAGUUCAUGCAUGGCGCACUGGAGAGAGAUAAGAGGGAGGGGUUCCAGGCGACCUCUGAGCACGCUCUGUUCUCCAGUUCCGUGGUGGACAUCUUCACACAGCUCAACCAGAGCUUCGAGAUCAUCAAGAAACUGGACUGCCCAGAUCCUGUGGUCAUGGGCCACUACAACCGACGCUUUGCUAAGACGAUCACUAAAGUGCUCCUGCAGUACUGCGCCAUCUUGUCCAAGAGCUUCCCCUCUUACUGUGAGAAGGAGAAGAUUCCUUGUGUCCUCAUGAACAACGUCCAACAGAUGCGCGUCCUCCUGGAGAAGAUGUUCGAGUUCAUGGGCGCCAAGCAGAUGGAUCCUGAGGCAGCAGAAAUCCUGAAUGACCUGCAGGUGAAAUUGAACACAGUGCUGGACAAUUUGAGCGCCAUGUUUGGAAAGAGCUUCCAGGCCAAGAUAAGUGGCUGCAUGCGGCAGGUGGGAGAGCUCCUGUACCAGAUCAAAGGGCCUCUUAAUGCCAACGCACGCAACAGCGCCGAGGCUGAUGCCGACAACGUGCUGCGCCCACUCAUGGAGUUCCUAGACGCCACCCUGAGUAUGUUUGCGGACAUGUGUGAGAAGACGGUCCUAAAGAGAGUGCUGAAGGACCUCUGGAAGAUUGUGCUCACCAGCAUGGAGAGGACCAUUGUCCUGCCGCGGAGCAACGAAAGCCUGGGUGCACAGCUCCUUACUGCUGCCACAAAGCUGGGGAACCUCAAGGGAGGGGGAGAGGCUAAAAGCCUGUCUCCACGGCACUGUGCAAUUAUGGAGAUGGCCCUGGACACCAUAAAGGCCUUCUUCCAUGCAGGAGGAAACGGACUAAAGAAAGCCUACCUGGAGAAGAGCUCGGAGCUCUCUUCGCUCCGCUACGCCCUGUCACUCUACACACAGACCACCGACGCCCUCAUCAAGACAUUUGUAUCGACUCAACAUGCCCAGGUCCAUAAUGGUAUGGGUAUCAGGAUCGUUCCCAACGAGAAGGUCCGACCUGACAGACCCUCUGGGGUGGAGCGGCCGGUGGGAGAGGCCAUCAUCCAAGUGGAUAUGUCGCCCCCUGCUGGCGGAGAGCAGAAAAUGAACGUGAGGGUCAUAGCCAUAAAUGACAUGAAGUGGCAGACGUCUGGAAUGUUCCGGCCCUUUGUGGAGGUCAACCUGGUGGGCCCUCUGCUCGCUGAAAAGAAGCGCAAGUUUCAGACCAAGUCCAAGAACAACAGCUGGUCUGCCAAAUACAAUGAGACUUUCCCAUUCGUUCUGGGUAAGGGCACCAGUGCGGAGUUCUACGAGGUGCAGAUCACGGUGAAGGACUACUGCUUCGGCCGUGCUGACCGCAUGGUGGGCGUGGCCGUGCUGCAGCUGAGGGAUGUGGCUGACCGCCGCAGCUGCGUGUGCUGGUGCCCGAUGGGCCCACGCAUCAGCACAGACGAGACGGGCAUCACCGCCCUGCGCAUCCUCUCCCAGCGGCCCAACGACGAGGUCGCCAAGGAGUUCGUCAAGCUCAAGUCCGAGAUACGUCCGGCAGAGGAGGGCAGAUGAGCUGCCCGUUUAGCUGGAUGAGAACGAGGAGCCACGUGAUUGGCUGGACUCGGACUGCCUGACUGAAUAAUUGAUUUUUGAUCGAUUGGGUGUUUUGUUUGGUUGAUUAGACAACUGAUUGGUUAUUGGUUUGAGAGUGCCAUUCACCCAGUCACUGCAUACAUCUCUCUCUGUCUCACUGCAUGAUACUGCUACCCACCAGCAGUGCUACUGAGACCAGUCACUGGUAUUCAGAUUUGCAGUCGAGGCCUAAGAACUUCUUAUCUAUUGACUUUAAAACACAUGGGACAGAUGAAUUGACCUCCUAUCCCGUAGUGGACGGAGGAAUGUCUGUCCUGUCUGGUGGUGUCUACACAAGCACCUUUCUCCAUUUGCUCUGCAGUCCAUCCAUCCAUCUCCCGUCACGAGAGUAGUGGGAGGCCGAGGCCUUGUGUCUUUGUGCUGCAGACAGUGAUUGAGGCAUUUGUGCCGUGCUGUCAGUUUCAGCAUCUGUGUGUGUGUGUGUGUGUGUGUUUGUGUGUGUGUGUAUGUGUGUGUGUGUGUUUUCAAGG